UGGCCGAUACGAAACUGCAUCCCCGCGGUUCGACACCUCGCGUAAUACCACCAUCACCGCCACCACCACCACCACCCGUCGCUCGUUUUUAGUCCUAUUGAAAGUUCCGCGCAUCGCCCAACAUGUCGAACAAGAAGAACGAGGAUAUUGAGAUGCGGGCCGCGGAGGGCGGCAACGACUUCGGGGGCGAGAAGGACCCCUUUCUGGGCAGGCGCUCGCCCGUGGCCCGGCCCCGCGGUCGGGAGCCGGGAUUCUCGGCCUUCUUGGACAAGCUCAACCACAGCCCCGGCGCGUCGAUCCUCGCUUACUGCCUGUCGUCGAUCAGCAUGACGGUUGUGAACAAAUACGUCGUCUCCGGGUCGGAAUGGAACCUCAACUUCUUCUAUCUCGCCGUCCAGUCGCUAGUCUGCACGCUCGCGAUCCUGGUAUCCAGACAGACCGGCCUCAUAAAGAAUCUGGCGCCGUUCGAUACGAACAAGGCGAGGAAGUGGUUCCCCGUCUCGCUGCUCCUCGUCGGCAUGAUCUAUACCGGCGCCAAGGCGCUCCAGUAUCUCUCUGUUCCGGUCUACACCAUCUUCAAGAACCUGACCAUUAUCGUGAUCGCCUACGGGGAGGUGCUCUGGUUCGGUGGCAGCGUGACCCCGCUGACGCUGCUGUCCUUCGGCCUGAUGGUGCUGAGCUCCGUCAUUGCUGCUUGGGCUGACAUCCAGGCCGCCAUCGAUGGCGUCGGCCACUCGGGCGAGACCUCGGCUGCUCUCGCCACUCUGAACGCCGGUUAUGCGUGGAUGGGCAUGAACGUCGUCUGCACCUCGUCGUACGUGCUCGGGACGCGCAAGGCCAUCAAGAAGAUGAACUUCAAGGACUACGACAGUAAGUUCAGCGAACCAGCCAGCGAUGGGGAUGCCUUGCCGGGUGCUGACCCUUCCGGCCGUCUAGCCAUGUUCUACAACAACCUCCUCACCAUUCCCGUCCUUAUCGUCUGCUCGCUCUUGGUUGAGGACUGGUCCUCCGAGAACCUCGCCAGGAACUUCCCCGCCGAGUCUCGCAACAAGUUGAUGGUCGGCAUGGUGUACUCGGGCCUGGGCGCCAUCUUCAUCUCGUACUGCUCCGCCUGGUGCAUCCGCGUCACUUCCUCGACGACAUACUCGAUGGUCGGCUCCCUCAACAAGCUCCCCAUCGCCAUCAGCGGCCUGAUCUUCUUCGACGCGCCCAUCACCUUUGGCAGCGUCACCGCCAUCUUUGUCGGCUUCAUCAGCGGUCUCGUCUACGCGUGGGCCAAGAUCCGGGCAAAGGCCCAAGACGCCGGCAUCCUGCCUACCACGAACAAGCCCACCAUGAGUGCCAGUGCGCAGAGCAAUAGGGACGCAGCCAACUCCUGAUGAGCGCAAGGCGCCAGCCCACUGUACCUUUUUUUUUUUUUCUUUUCUUUACCUGAGCUCUCUCCCGCAGCACGCCUGCCACUUGGGUGCCGCACACCUGAUGGCACGCCGUUUUCUACCGGCCCCCUCGACAGCGUUGGAGAACGGAUCCUCUUCUCCCGCGGCAGACGGAGUUAAAUACCUCGGUGUCAUUGUUCCGUUUCGCCUUCCUCUCCAACUCGCUUCUUGUACAUCACCUUGUUCGUUCU